CCUGCACCUGCAGCCCCUGCAGCACCCGCUAAUACCUCACCUGGCGAAGGACCAUCCCAAAUACAAAAAGCUAUUCCUGUGGAAGUUGAUAUUGAAAUAAUGGAUAAUCAAUAUCGUCCAUCAGCCGGGUCUCGUCUCUCCGAUUAUGAGCCACCUUCUCUAAUUCAAGAGUCUGUUCCUGUGGCACAAGUAGAGCUACCUCGUCGACCAUCAACUGGAUUGAGAGAACAUGAUUAUGGAGCACCUUCUCAAACUCAAGCUUCAAAGAACAUUCGGGCUCAUGUAAUUAAUCAGGAGUUCACCUUGCGAAAGGAUAGAUAUCAGGUGAUAGUGGACAGGGAGGAGGAGCUACACAAAUUGAGGAUAGCAGAGCGGGAGUGGCUCGUAAAGGCAGCUGAGGAGACAUAUCAUAAAGCUCGCCUUGAAAAGGAAAGUGCGCAGGAGUUGCUGCUAUGCAGCCGGGCUAAGCGAGAGCUAGCAGAGCUGCAUCUUUCUAGGGAAGAAAGAAAUAAAUUGAUAGACACCAUUCAGCCUUUCUAUAAUAUUUCUAGUACUGAUAUGGGAUAA